GCCGGCAGACAUGGCGACUGCGAGGACGCUCGUCUGCUCCGCGACAGGCUGCGUCUGAAGCGGCUCCGCAGCAUCGCCGUCGCGCCCGGCGCACUCGCGGACGAACGCGCACUUGCACGCGGCGGAUUUAUAACCGGGGCUGAGCCGGGAAGACCAUGGCGGAACGGGGCCAAGCGUCUCUGGCGGGACAGAGGUUAGGGGCUCCGGAGACUCUGGGGAUCAGCACCCUGGAGCCCGGGCACAAACCGCCCGCCAUGCCGUCUGGACGCCCGGUGCCCGUCAGAGUCGUGCUGCUGGAUGACUCCGAGGAGAUUUUUGAAAUAUCGCAUCGAGCAUCGGGCCGGGUUCUGUUCGAGAUGGUCUGCUUGCAUCUGAACCUCAUUGAGGGGGAUUACUUUGGCCUGGAGUUCCAGAGCCAUCACAGAAAGAUGGUUUGGUUGGAUUUACUAAAGCCCAUUAGAAAGCAGAUCACACGGCCCAAGCACACCGUCCUUCGGUUUGUUGUGAAGUUCUUCCCCCCUGAUCACUCGCUGCUGCUGGAGGAGCUGACCAGGUACUUGUUUGCGCUGCAGGUGAGGCAGGAUCUGGCGAGCGGACGUCUCACGUGCAGCGACGCCAGCGCUGCUCUUCUGGUCUCUCAUAUCAUCCAGUCUGAGAUUGGGGAUUUUGAGGAAACUCAGUGUAGACAGCAUCUACUAAACACCAACUACAUCCCUGACCAGAUGGCCCUGAUGGACAAAAUCAUGGAGUUCCACCAUAAACACAUUGGACAGACACCAGCAGAGUCAGAUUACCGGUUGCUGGAGGUGGCUUGCAGGUUGGAGAUAUACGGCAUCCGACUUCAUCCGGCUAAAGACAGAGAAGGAACCAAACUCAGCCUGGCUGUAGCACACGGCGGCAUGUCUUUUAAUCAGGGACACAACAGAAUCAACAACUUCAACUGGUCUAAAAUCCAUAAGCUGAGUUUCAAGAGGAGGAGGUUCCUUAUCAAGCUGAGAGCAGACCCUAGUAAUGUCAAUCAGGAUACUCUGGAGUUUCUGAUGGCGAGUCGGGACUGCUGUAAAAUGUUCUGGAAGAUCUGUGUGGAGUAUCACGCCUUCUUCAGGCUCUUUGAGGAGCCCAGACCCAAACUCAAACCCGGUGCUGUUCAGCAGGGCUCUUCCUUCAGGUUCAGCGGUCGGACACAGAAGCAGGUGAUAGAUUAUGUGAAGGAAAACGAGUUUAAGCUGCCCUUUGAUAGGAAACACAGUCGAGUGCAGUACAACAGCAGUCUUUCACCUCUGCGUUCUGUGCCAAAUCAAGCUAUCAAGCAGAGCUGGGAGGGCUCAUUUUUAGUAAGCUCAGAAGAUUCUGCGGUAAUAAGACCAUGUGGAAACUCCUCCCCAUCGACUCAGCGCAAUGGAUGCAGUGACCAAACGUACCCCAUUCAGGAGGACCGCAGAAGCCCGGCCGCUAAGCAGCAGCCCGUCGAUCGAGCAGGUCUGGCGUCCCGCGCAGCUAAAGGCAGCAGCUCAUCCAUCCCGUACAUUGACUGCAGCGAUGCAGAGUUUAGCGAACAGGAAGUCAGAGGUCGGGUCAGCAGGUCACACUCGCACACGCGCGAUGGCAACAGUGACAGCGCUUAUGGCACUGGCUUUGGUUUGCCCCGGUCACACCAGCAGGACAGAUACUUGGGCAAGUUCAGGCAGAGAGAGUCUCCGCCUCUUUCCCCUGUAAGCCAAGCCACGAGCCCCGCCCACAGCUACCCGAGCCCCUCCUCACCAAAUCAAAAUGCUAACAUUUUCGAGUCGCCGUUUUUUGGAGGCAGGGUACGCGGGCCGCUUCAUAGCACACUAUUGGAAGAGUUGGCCGCAAAAAGCUCCUUAAACCAUCAGAAAGGCACCCGAAGCCUGACUUCUAGUCCCGCCCCCUCCUCAAUUCACAGGACAAGCUCGCUAAGCUACGCCCAGUAUAAUGGACACACCGGGCGGAGCCUUAGUUCAAAAGCAGGACGUGAGGAAAGAGGGGGACUGUUUAGUAGCUGUUCCCCAAUUAUGAACCGUUCAGCAAACAAGUCCGUUAACAACACCGUUAGCCAGUUAGAAAGAAACAUGCGUGUCUCAAAUCAGCCACACACUCCCGUUCUCUCCCGUGCCGAGAGAAUGGCCAUGUUGGAGCGCCGAAUGCUGGCAAAUGGGCUUGCGCCUCCUGGCAAGGCCAAUCUCAAACCAAGCUCGCCACACCGGCGCUUUGGGGCUGUGCAGAUGAUUGAUGGCUCCACCAGUAGUGGAACAGACACUAGCGACUCAGAAGAGGCAGAGUCUACUGGCUCCUGCAGCCAAUCGCUGGGCUUUGAAAACCAAGCCGCUCAGAGUUCCCCCAGAAACAAGUACUCAUUCGGAAGCUUGCAGCUAGAUGAAAUCGACGAUGAAGGAGGGUGUGUGGACCUUAGUGAUGAGGAAGGGAUAACUGUCCCGCUGAUACCGCUUUACUGCAUAGCUAAAGAGCUGCUGUGUACUGAGAGGACAUACCUGAAGGACCUGGAGCUGAUCACAGUGUGGUUUCAGGGGGUGCUGGACAAAGAGGAUUGUGUUCCUGGCCUGAAGACACUGUUGAGUUCCACGUACGAGCCGCUUCAUUCCCACCACACACACUUCCUCCAGGAGCUGGAGGAGAGACUGUCACUGUGGGAAGGCCGAUGCAGUACGGAGGUUAAAGAAGAAAUGCAGCAUGUAGGAGACCUGCUGCUGAAGAGCGCACAGGAGCUGAAGGCUCUCUCAGCUCAGCUGCAGACGAUCUCAGAGUGCGUGUUUGCGCUGGAGAGAGCGUGCGUCGCGUCCCGCAGGCUGGAGAGCGCGUGCCGUGAGUUUGAGCUGCAGAAGGUGUGUUACAUUCCUCUGAACGUCUUUCUGCUGAGUCCUCACCGCCUGCUGCACUACAGACAGAUGCUGGGCAGGCUCUGCAAACACUACCCGCCGACACACUCCGACUACGGCGACUGCUCAGCUGCUUUGGGCGAGGUGAGUGAGCUGGAGGCUGCUCUUCGUCCUGGUCUGGAGGAGAUGGAGAACUAUCAGAAGCUCCUGGAGCUCCAGAAGGAUGUGGUCGGUGUGGAGCGUCUGGCCGUGUCUGGACGUCAGCUCAUCAGGCUCGGCUGUCUCAGCAAACUCUCUGGGAAAGGCCUUCAACAGCGCAUGUUCUUCCUGUUCAGUGACGUGGUGUUGUACAGCACCCGAGGGAUAACGUCGACCAAUCAGUUCACAGUGCACAGGCAACUUCCUCUGCGCGGCAUGACAAUCCGAGAGAGUGAGGACGAGUGGGGCGUCCCGCACUCCUUCACACUGAUGGUGCAGCAGCAGUCACUGGUGGUCGCCGCAUGUUCAGAGUCAGAAAUGGAGAAAUGGAUGGAGGAUUUAAAGAUGGCGGUGGACAUGGCCGAAGAGUCUAACGGACUGACCUCUGACCUGCUGGCUGCUAGCAAGGAUGUCAAAUCCUCAGGGCGUCCGAAGGAGUCAGAGGAUGAUCUUUGUGGAUCUCGAACGUCUUUGCCUCGAAACGGCAACAGUUCGGGAAACACUCCGAACCGCGGCAACACGACGGCCCACGUGUGCUGGCACCGCAACACCAGUGUUUCCAUGCUGGACUUCAACACGGCCAUCGAGAACCAGCUCUCAGGAAAUCUGCUCCGGAAGUUUAAAAACAGCAACGGCUGGCAGAAACUCUGGGUGGUCUUCACCAACUUCACCCUGUUCUUCUACAAAACACACGAGGACGAGUAUCCUCUGGCCAGUCUGCCUCUGUUGGGUUACUCAGUGACUCAUGCAGGAGAAUCUGAAAACAUCCACAAAGAGCACGUCUUCAAACUGCACUUCAAAUCUCAUAUCUACUACUUCAGAACGGAGAGUGAAUACUUUUUCGACAGAUGGAUGGCGGUGAUCAGAAGUGCCACGGUCUCUGCCAGCAGAACCCGUUAUCUGAACCGGACAGAACCGGACUGAACCCCGGAGAACCCGGCAUCUGAACCGGACAGACAAAAACACGAACCAACAGACCCACGCAGGCAUAUAGGGAGCAACCAUCUCCGUGUGUGUGUGUGUGUGUGUGUCUUUUAUGACAACGUCACUUUUUUUGUGACCGACUUUUUUUUAAUAGCAUUGUUUCAUAGUACGACAUUAAAAGGGAAUGUCGCCGUUUCGCUUCUGAGCCUUUUAAUAGUUUUAAUGAUCAGCCACGGACGUUUUUUUUCUCCCUUAUCUGUAUUCUCACCGAUUUUCUUGCAUGUAAGGCGCUGAGAUUUAAUGAGUGAAGCGGUGAAUGCCAAAAGGUCAAGUACAGAGGUCACCGCCGAGAUAAAAGGUGCUGACGAAAAUCCUUAUCGAGAUAUUCACAAAAGAACUGCAUUACGUUUCAUAAAACGGCCUCGGACGUGCUUCACAGCAUUAUCUUGAGAAAACAAAGGCUCAGAGAUGAAGACCGGUGGAAUUCCCCUUUAAACUCACGCCAUUCCCCACAAACACACAGGUGCUUUUUAAAGCUCGCGUUUUUGUCCUCUGGUGUAACCAACGAAAAAAAAACAUUUCCUGCAUUUUUUUAACUGGGCUUUUACAGAACCUCUUUUUGUAAAUGAUAAGCAAGUGUAAAGCCGUCACUUGUUGCCUUUGAAAGGAGGCGGAUCCAUUUCAGUGCCAUGGUUUUUAUAGUACGGGUUUCUAUGUUUUAGACUUUGUUUCUAUCAGCUGACGCCACGCUGGGUUCCAGAAGCCAAUGUGCCAAAACCACGACGGUGACUUCUGUCCGUUUCCAUUCUGGACUGACUAUAUCGUGGGAGCAUCGAGAAUUAGGGAUUUAUCACGUGCCAUAACGCGCAAAAGGUCACUUAGGUAACGUUUGAUGAGGUUUUUUUUUUGUUAUUUAAGGUCGCUGUCGUUUUAGGGGUAUCGUCUUCACCCAGCUAAGAAACCGUAAGCGGCUCGGGAUGAACCGCGGCUGAACGUCAAGAAGAAAAGCUUUAAAAUGUGCGGAUCAACGUGAUGUUUUAGCUUCAGCGCGGCCCGGACGCUGCUGAGACGAACGGGAAAAGACGAGGAGAGUUCGUUGGAAUCGAAAGCAAUAAAAACCUGGUUCCAGAAAG